ACAUAUGCACUUAUUCAAAGUCAUCGAUACUAAGAUAAACAACAUGGCUAGCUUCAAAAUUAUUCACUUAUUUUUUCAAUUUAUCAUGUUGCCAUUUAUACUUAUAUCCCAAGUAGCAGCUCAAAUUCCAAUUCAUGAUAAAGGUAGUGGCAAGACGGUUUGGAUUGUUUGGAGACCUCUAAUCAUAAUAGUAGCUAUUGUAGCCGUCGUUGUAGUUGUGUUUGUUGUUGGCUGUGUUUUUGCUUGCCUUGGAAUAUGCUUUGGUUGUAUCAAAGAUGAUCAAUCUCAGGAAAACAAAGGGCAAACAAAUGAUGUAUCGGAAUCUCCACAAGCGGCCGUCGUCGAUAACGGCCAUCAGAUCUCUAUCCAGUCAAAACCCAUGCUAGCUUAACUAUGGGUACUAAUCUAAAGCCUUUGUAAACAAAGUCAUGUUUACAAAUUAAUUAAUUGUAUAGUAUAAUUAUAAUUAUAUAUAUAACUAUUUAAUCACAAUUUAUACAAAUUUAUACAAAUUAGUUUCAGCGACUGCAUUUUCCGCCUUUGUAAACAACUAUGGGUACUAAUCACUUAUAAGUUUAUUGUAUAGUAUAAUUAUAAUU